GAUGAGUACUGUGUCAGAGACAGUGACUCAGGGGUUGAAAGGUAAGCUCCCUCUGAGAUGUAAAAAAUGAAUCUUAUUCCAAAAAAUAUCUAACAAAGCAAUUGUCUGGUGGACAUGCAGACAUAAAUAAGUGUGUUACAUGGAACUCUCAAGAUACACAGCAUGGAGACUUUGCUGAGGCACCUGGUAGGCACAAUUUGAUUAUUUAAAAAGGACAUACUUUUUCAUAUCUGUAUUACUAUAUCUAAUUAUUAGUUAACAUGAGAAACAAUUAAACUGUUGAAACCAUGAUUAAUAUAUAUAUAUAUAUAUAUAUAUAUAUAUAUAUACAGUACCAGUGAAAAGUUUGGACACACCUACUCAUUCCAGGGUUUUUCAUUAUCUUUACUAUUCUCUACAUUGUAGAAUAAUAGUGAAGACAUCAAAACUAAAAUAACACAUAUGGAAUCAUGUAGUAACCAAAAAAGUGUUAAACAAAUCAAAAUACAUGUUAUAUUUGAGAUUCUUCAAAUAGCCACCCUUUGCCUUGAUGACAGCUUUGCACACUCUUGGCACUCUCUCAACCAGCUUCACCUGGAAUGCUUUUCCAACAGUCUUGAAGGAGUUCACACAAAUGCUGAGCACUUGUUGAUAGUCCCACUAAGCCCAAACCAGAUGGGAUUGCGUAUCGCUGCAGAAUGCUGUGGUAACCAUACUGGUUAAGUGUGCCUUGAAUUCUAAAUAAAUCACAGACAGUGUCACCAACAAAACACCCCCACACCAUAACACCUCCUCCUCCAUGCUUUACGGUGGGUACUACACAUGCAGAGAUCAUCCGUUCACCCACACCGCGUCUCACAAAGACACAGCGGUUGGAACCAAAAAUCUCAAAUUUGGACUCCAGACCAAAGGAUACAUUUCCACCGGACUAAUGCCCAUUGCUCGUGUUUCUUGUCCCAAGCAGGGCUCUUCUUCUUAUUGGUGUCCUUUAGUAGUGGUUUCUUUGCAGCAAUUCGACCACGAAGGCCUGAUUCACACAAUACCCUCUGAACAGUUGAUGUUGAGAUGUGUUUGUGACUUGAACCCUGUGAAGCAUUUAUUUAGGCUGCAAUUUCUGAGGCUGGUAACGCUAAUGAACUUAUCCUCUACAGCAGGGGAAACUCUGGGUCUUCCAUUCCUAUGGCGGUCCUCAUGAGAGCCAGUUUCAUCAUAGCGCUUGAUGGUUUUUGCGACAGCACUUGAAUAAACUUUUAAAGUUCUUGAAAUGUUCUGUAUUGACUGACCUUCAUGUCUUAUAGUAAUGAUGGACUGUCGUUUAUCUUUGCUUGUUUGAGCUGUUCUUGCCAUAAUAUGGACUUGGUCUUUUACCAAAUAGGGCUAUCUUCUGUAUACCCCACCUACCUUGUCACAACACAACUGAUUGGCUCAAACGCAUUAAGAAGGAAAGCAAUUCCACAAAUUAACUUUUAAGAAGGCACACCUGUUAAUUGAAAUGCAUUCCAGGUGACUACCUCAUGAAGCUGGUUGAGAGAAUGCCAAGAGUGGGCAAAGCUGUCAUCAAGGCAAAUGGUGGCUAUUUGAAGAAUCUCAAAUAUAAAAUAUAUUUUGAUUUGUUUAACACUUUUUUGGUUACUACAUGAUUCCAUAUGUGUUAUUUCAUAGUUUCGAUGUCUUCACUAUUAUUCUACAAUGUAAAAAAAUGUAAAAAUAAAGAGAAACCCUUGAAUGAGUAGGUGUUUUCAAACUUUUGACUGGUAGUGUAUAUAUUAAGAAAUUAACUUCUUAUUAUGAACAACAUAUUUAUAGCUAUAACUUAAUUAAUUGCUGUAUGAAUGGGUAAUAACAUGACAAUAGAGAGGUACAAAUUAGACAAAAAACUGAGCAUCAUGACUCAACUAAACAGGUGAGAGAAGUAAUGUUGAAGUAGGCUAUCCAUGCCUUCUCCAUGUGCCAUUGUGAAAAUGUUGAUGAAAUAUAUGUAGGCCUAUAACUGUAAUUGUAAAAUGUUUAUCCUGUUUAUGUUCUCCAUUCCAGACCAUGUGGUAAUGCUCUAGUCUUCAUAAUCAUUUUCGGGACUGGCAGAUCUUUUCAAAAUGGGUUCCAUGUUACUGUCAUCAGUUCCCCUUCACCAGUAAGAGACAUCAGCACAAAAACCUCAUUCUCACACAAGUUAACUUUGCACAUUCACUUGUGCUAAAAUUAACACCUAGCCUACUUCACCAGGCUUGUAGACAUACUACUGGUGAACUGUCUGUUGCCUUAACCAUGUCUGUCUGCUUGCAGUACAUCCAGAGCUUUGUCAAUAGCAGUUGGAUUGGGCGACGUGAGGAAACCCCACCGGCACAGACAGUCAAACUUAUCUGGUCUAUGUAUGCUGUAGGAGGUCUCCUGGGAUCUAUGAGUGUCAGGUGCAUUGCACAGAUUUUUUUCACCAUCUAUACUCUUUUUAUUUUGAAAGAGAGCCAUGUGACUAUCAUUGUUGCGACGGUGAUAAUGUUUACGAGUAGGGGGGGAUAUUUUUGUUUUUAGCAGACGUUCUUAUCCAGAGUGACUUACAGGAGCAAUUAGGGUUAAGUACAUUGCUCAAGGGCACAUCAACAGAUUUUUCACCUAGUCGGCUGAGGGAUUCGAACCAGCAACCUUUCGGUUACUGUCUCAACACUCUUAACCGCUAUGCUACCUGCCUAGGCUAGGUUACCUGGUUAGGCUACCUGCCACACCUGAUAGAUCAGUUUCUGUAUGGAUUCACUGCAGGUAGGCCUAUGUGAUAUUGCACCUUAAAUUUCAUGCAGAUUAGUUUAAUCUAAGGAUCAUUAUGUCAUGGUAAAAUAGAAUCCCAGAAUGACCUUGUAUCUUACAGUGAUAAUAGUAAUUUAUGUUUUAUUCUUGUUUGUGAACCUCAGGUUCAGGAGCAAAUAUCCAUGCGAUAUACCUGGGUGAGAGUUCACUCUAAAAGAUAACGGGCAUGGUAACACUAACGUCAGCUACUUUUGCCUCCAUUGUUAAACUGUCAGGACAAUUUGUUGGACUAAUGAAAAGUGCUAUUUUUGAAUUUCAACAUUUCCCUGAAAAAAAGAAGCAUCAAGCAUCACACUAAACAUAUGGUUGUCAAUGUGUGCCAAAUCGGAUAUCCUGAUGAUUGAUGCUUUGUCUCAACUUUCUCAGAGAGAUUCUUGGCUGUGAGAAUAGCUGGAACAUCCUGCUGUGUGUUCCAACAUGCUUCUCUGUGGUACAGCUGCUAACACUGCCCUUCUUUCCUGAGGCCCCAAGGCACCACCCUCUGUCUUUUAUCCCAUACCUCAGGGGGUUUUGGCUCGAGGGUCAUAUCGGGAUUUCGAAAUUCAACGGAGGGCCGCACAGAUUUUUGCGGACCAGAAAAAGGCAGGUUAUUUCUACAUACUAUCUAUCUAGUUUUAGACGUUCAAGUGUGGCCUGGAUUUAAAAAAAACAACCAAAAUAAUAAUUUCCCAAAAAUAUGUUUUAAUGUUUUUUUACUAAAUCCCUCACAGGCCGUAUUUAAUCGGCUGGCGGGCCAGAUGCUGCCCGUGGGCCAUAGUUUGCCCACCGCUGCCAUACCUACUGUACAUCCUACUCACAACCUCUUCUUCUCUUCUGCCCUUUACCCUCAGAUCAGUGAGUUCUCCUUUGACAUCUUCAAGGAGGCAGGCAUCCACUUGAAUAAGAGCCGCUGUGUGAUUCUGGGUGUUGGAGUGUCUGAGGUCCUCACCGCCAUCAUCUGGGUGUGUCGCUGGGGAACAUGGGCUACACUACAGGGGGUGCACUACGAUACCCCUCUGCAGUAUUAUAGUAAUCAGUCCGGUCUCGAGACCACAUAU